GCAAGCUUCCAGAGAUGGUAAAGGACAGGGGUGUGCAGUCCAUGGGGUUGCAAAGAGUCAGACAUGACUGAGCGACUGAAGAACAACAUGAUGGGAACAUCAGCAGCUUUCAAGGUGGAAAGCUGGUGCAGAUGGCAGAGAGGUGUGCUAGGGUGGCCUGUGCCCUUUUGCCUUGGUGAGGGCAGGUAAGAAACUUGGGGUUGGCUGUGUGUGUAUAUGGCAUCUCAGACUUCUCUCUAGCCAAUAUUCCAAAGUUGGGGGUUUGACGGGAAAAGAACCAAAACCCAAAUUCUCACCGAGAGUUGCAGCCCUCUUUUAUGCUCCCCAAGAACAUUCACUGUCCUGGGUUAUCACCAUAAUCUCACAAAAGCAAAUAUAUUUUAAUUCUUCUCAAAAGAAGACAGACAUCAUCUGAAUCAAAAGCAGUUACUCCCAAGAAAGAACAGUCCUUGACUUUCCACCAACAAAUACCUAUUUUUUUCCUUCUAUUUCGUGCUGUGGAUUAGCAAAAAUGUAUAGUGGGGCGGCUGCCUCUGCUUCUGAUCCCUCUGAGUCAUUUGAGGGCAGAACCAAAAAAAAAAAAAAGGCUUAGAUAUAGCAGGAACGAAUUAGCUUAGAGCCAAGAAAGAACUCUGCAUCUUUGGAGAACUUUAAAGAGCAGGUGAGCACUGCAUUUGUUUAGGAUGUGAGGGUCUUGGGGUCAGCUAUCCAUAGACUGAGGAGGCCAGUAGCCCUGGGUCCCUCUCAGAAGAGGGCUGGCACUUUGUUCUGAAGGACCUCUCCUCGGAUCCACCAGGGGAGUUGGAACCUAGAACAGUUCCAUCAGGCAGCCAUUUCCUGCCCAGAGUUCAUGGAGCCUGAUAGGUGGUCCCAUGGCAGUGGAGGGAGGGGGCCUCCAGCGGCCUCUGUCACCUUUCAGUGCGGGGAGUCCGUGUAGUCACCCACUGGUGGGCUGCACCCCACAGACCUGUAAGCCUCAGAGAUGCCCAACCUUGAGACCAAAGAAAGAGCCUAGGACAGCAACAAAGACAUUCAUAGUGCUGAAGGCUGGUGGGUGGUAUAAGCUCAGCCUACAGGGUAUAAUGGCACUUUUUCUCCAUUAGGAGCUGGAUUAAUUAACUCUAGUAGUCUUAGAUGGGUCUAGUAUAAAUCCAGGUGAAAUCUGUAAUUCCUUUGCCAAUCCUACUCACCAUGAGGCAGCAAACCCAAACCACCAGGGACUUCCCUGCCAGUUCCCGGGUCAUUUGAUAGUGUGUUCCUCUGGGGGUAAGAUCCUGUGGUGAGAGCAAAAGUAAGUUGUCCCGAUAGUAGGCAUUCGUCUUUAGGCUGUCAACAGUUAAGCUCAGACUGUAUUGACUAGUCACUUCUGGGUUAACAUAGCUCUGGGCUGAUUGCCCCUGGGAUGUUCAGUUUGAAUUCUUAGAGCUUAAGUUAGCCUCUGGUCCACCGGUGGAAAGAACAGGUUUCCGUUUCAGUUAAGUUCUUUCAUCCUUUCCAUUAGCCUGGUCGAAGCCGGGGGAGGGAUGUCCAUAAGGCAAGUGGAAAGGCCAGUGUGUGUCAUUUCUAUCAGCCCAUUCCUGAGCUUCAUGCCUGGUUAAGUGGAGUCUUUGGUCUUUAUCAGUGUCCAUGGGGGUCCUGUAUUUCACGCACAGCUAUCCUAGACCCAAGUAGGCCUUUUGUAGUGUGAGCUGCACAUGGCUGUUGUCCCUUCGUGGUCUGUAUCAUUGCUUCCCUUCCACAGCUGGGACCAGAAGCCCAGGGGUACACUUUAUCUUGUUACUGUCACAGGCCCUAACCAGACUUUUUGGCCAUGUCCAAUUCACAAGCCUGUCCCUGAAUUAAGAUCCCCUAAAGCCUGUGUCUGUAAUUGUUUAGUGGUGAGAGGUUUGCAGAUGCACUUCCUUGUAUUUUGUCUGUAUUCACCAGCUAUCCUCGUGCAGUCAGAUGAGCCACAAGCAUAGGGCUGCUGCUUUUAAACUGAAAACAGAGACUCCGAGGUUACCAGAGUGGAAGAGAAUCAAUUUAAUGGAAGAGAAAGACCUCUCUCAUGACAGUCAGCUGCCACAGGGCCCCACCUGCUGGUGGACAGCCGCCUCGAGAUCAUGCCUGUGACCUUCCAUUCCCCAUCCUUGACUUCUGGACGUCUUGGGUGUUUCCUUGGCCUCCCAGCUGGCUGACCAAUCAUUGGGCUGCACCCCACAGUCCUGAAAGCCUUGUGGUUGCCCCACUUCAAGACCAAAGAAAGAGUCUGGAGACAGCGAUGGAGUCCUCAGUGAUUUUUUGGACAGGAGGUUUGGGGAGGGAGUUGGCGCUGGUCUUAAGCAAAAGGUCCUGGAGCAACAACCUGUGGAUUACAGCGGGCAGGCCAUAGCAGUAAUCUUCCCCACUCGGGGUAGAAGGAGGCUACUGUUUAUAGGGGAAAUUGAGGUCAGUUACCAAGGAAACCAGCUGGGGCACGUCCCUCACAGCCCCUCAGUUAAGAACCAUCAUGAGGGCAGAUGUUUCCUUUAAUAAAUUAGCAGGUAGAGCAGGGGUGAGAUCAGCCAUUAGCUGGGGCAGGGGGCAAACCUGGUCACGUGAGCAGGUUGCAGGCAAAAUUGAGACUGGUCAAGGGACUUCCCCAGUUGUCCAGUGGCUGAGACUCUGAGCUCCUAACGCAGGGGGCCUGGGGUUCAAUUCCUGGUCAGGGAACUAGAUCCCACAAGCCACAACUAAGAGUUCUCACGCUGCAACGAAGACGGAAGAUCCCUCGGGCCGCAACAGAAGCGGCACGGCCAAGUUUGUUUUUUUUUUUUUUUAAAGAAGGGACAAGUAGAGCAAGAGACGAACAAAGAGCAAAAGAACAGCCAUCUUGAAUGGCCUGACCAUACACCCACCUUGGGGCUGUGUAGAGGGCCAGGAAUGACCCUUGAGGAGGGCCGAGGAUGGAAGAGAAUGGCCCCCCUGGGAGUGUUGCCUGCAGCCUGGGGUGACGUGGAUGAAGGCUCCGAGUGGACUGACCUGACUGGCUGCUGUAGUAUCCUUGGUGAUGUGUUUCCACACCUCCUGCAAGCCCAGAUGGAGCAGCCCAGGGCCCCAAGCCUUCCAACAGGAGCUCAAGGCCAAGCAGGAGAAACCCUGUUCUGGGGUAGCCAUGCUCAGGGCUGACUCUGGGCCUGAGCCUGGCCUGGGCUCCUCCCUGUUCUGCACCAGAAGGAAUAACAGCAGUCGUAACUUGAGCAUCUCCUCAGUGCAGGACUGCUGGAUGUUGGAGAUGCAGAGACAACUGCCCUUAUGAGCUUUUGGUCGACACUAAGGGGAACACGUGGAUGUUGGAAGAUAAUGGAUUUCCCUUGAGACUCUGGAAAACUUUGUAAGGUGCUCGUCAUCUUUUCAUCCUCCGAUGGAAAGAGGGGCCCUUCCCUACAGAAACGCUCCAAGGCCCAGAAGUGGGUCCAUGGCGAAAAGAUCAAAGAUGGGAGGGCCAGUUCCUGGCCCUGCUGGAGUUCUGGUUCCGGAAGGCCUUCUCUGGGUGCCUCGGGCAUGUCCUGCAUCCGCCAGCGCCCGAGGCAAAUGGACAUCCGCAAAGGUGUGGUGAGCCUGGCCACAGGCGCCGGGGCCGUCUACCUCCUCUACAAGGCCAUCAAGGCCGGCAUAAAAUGUCAGCCGCCCUUCUGCUCGGCCUCACCCAUCUGCAUCGCCCGCCUGGCAAUCGAGCGAGAGCGACACGGGUGGGACUCGGGUGAGCUCCGGAGGCUCCUCAACUCUUUGGAGUGCAAGCAGGAUGCGUACACCAAGAGCAUGAUCCUACACAGCAUCACGCGCUGUGUGUACUUGCUGGAGUCCGAGGCCUCUGGUUGUACUAACGAUGACGUCACGUUGGUGGGCUCCAUGCUGGAUGACAAGGACAACAGUGUCAAAAUCCAAGCCCUGAACACACUUAAAGCUUUCUCUGGCAUCAGAAAAUUCAGGCUCAAAAUCCAGGAACACUCCAUCAAGGUGCUGGAACUGAUCUCCACCAUCUGGGACUCAGAGCUGCACAUUGCAGGCCUCAGACUCCUCAACAACUUCCCGCUGCCUGACUUUGUGCAUCCACAGCUGCGACGGGUGAUGCCUGCCUUGAUGGAGAUCCUGCAGUCGGACUAUAUCCUGGCACAGGUGCAAGCCAUACGGUUGCUGAGCAGCCUGGCACAGAAGAACGACCUUCUCUAUGAUAUUCUCAACUGCCAGGUGCACUGCAACUUCCUGAACCUGUUCCAGUCCACACAGCCUGGGAGUCUGCUGUUUGAGGUCCUGGUGUUUGCAGAGCGGUUGAGUGAAGGCCGGAGUUCACCCCACUACCGCGCCGUGAAGUGGCAUUACAACAAGCAGUCUUUACACGAAGCUCUCUUUGGGGACGACUCCCGACUGGCCGACCGGCUGCUCGCCUUGGUCAUCCACCCAGAGGAGGAUGUUCAGAUCCAGGCCUGCAAAGUCAUAGUCAGCCUGCAGUGCCCCCAGGAUGCGGGAAUCCGGCCUUCCUGCCCACCCAGUCAUUCCUGCUUUAAUAACGGGGAAUAAAAUUAUGGAGAGCCAAUAAAUGAGUAUGGGAGA